AUGGCAGGGGGUGAAGGUUCGCCCAGGCGGCGCACCGCCAAAAGCGUGGAGGCCGCGGCGACGGGACCGAUGAGGAGGUGCUCCACCAAGAGGAAGUCGGGGAAGGAGGAGGCGUCUGGUCGGAUGCCUCGUCCACGCGCCUCAGGAAGGAAGGAGACAGCCGCGGCGUCGGCGUCCGCCUGUGCAGAUGCAGAGAAGUCGGCAGGGGUGAAGAACCUGUUGUCGGCGAAGGAUAUUCGGUGGAUCCUAGCCCAGAAGCCGGAGGCUCCGCCGCCAACCUACCAGGCCCUGAAGCGCAGCAACCCGGAGCUGGUGCCGCGGCCGGGGGAGGAGGAGGACAAGAAGCUGUGUGGGCUCUACGUCCUGGCCAGGGCGUUCUACGAGGUGGAGGAGAGGUUACCGAAGCUUCAGAAGUGGAUGCGCAGUGAGCUGAAGGAGAAGGGGUACGUCGAGGUCGACGAUGAGUGGUUCAAGCGCAAGGCUGAAGCGCAGGCGAGAAUCGACAGGGAUUGGCCCAGUGUCAGAGCCAAGAUCGAUGCCCUCUGGGGCCCCUCGGGAGAUGGUGAUGAGAGCGAGAGCGACUCUGACGAAGAAGACGAGGAUGCUCUGGAUUCAGUUACGAAGGAUUAUAUGUAA